AUGGCCAACUCUUCUAUUUCUUUCCUGCCUCUCGGCGCCAUUAUCCAGUCCCUCGUCGUCAACGGCGUCAACAUCGUCCAGGGCUUCCCCACACAAGAAGACUAUGAGAAGCACAACUCUCCUUACUUUGGCGUGACCGUUGGUCGCGUAGCCAACCGCAUCAAGGACGCCCGCAUCAGCAGCCUCAACGGCAAGGAAGUCACUCUCGCUGCCAACGAUGGAAAGAACCAUCUCCACGGCGGCAAAGUUGGCUGGAGCAGCCGUGUCUGGGACGGCCCCAAGCCUGUCGGUACCCGCGAGGUUCCUGGCGUAGAGAAUCUUGAGGGCGGCGAGAGCGUUGCUUUUACGCUCACCAGCGAGGAUGGCGAGGAGGGAUACCCUGGUACCGUCGAGGUCACCGUUACUUACACAACCGGCACACAAAAGGUCGACGGCAAGGACGUCACUGUUCUCGCCAUGGAGUACGAGGCCAAGCUCACUGGCGGUGCUGACGAGACUGUUAUCAACAUGACCAACCACUCUUACUUCAACCCCAGCGGAAAGGAGACCAUCGCCGACACAGAAAUGACUCUUCCCACAGCCAGCUACCUCGCUGUUGGCGAUGAUCUCAUUCCCACCGGCAAGAUCGAGUCUUUCCCUGGCGUCGAAGCCAACAAGACCUUCACCCUUGGUCCCCAGGAGCCCAACAUCGACCACUGCUUCGUCCUCAAUAAGGAGCCUUCAUCUGUACCUCUCGACACCCGCAGCUCACCCCUCAACCUCAACGUCAAGGUCCACCACGGUGGCUCCGGCAUCAACCUGGAAGUCUACAGCACUGAGCCCACUUUCCAGAUCUACACCGGAGCUGGUAUUAACGUGCCCGCCGUCAACGGUCUGCCUGCCCGCAAAGCCCGUGCUGGUUUCUGCUGUGAGCCUGCUCGAUAUGUUAACGCGGCCAACGUGCCUGAGUGGAAGAACCAGGUCCUGCUCAAGAAGGGCGAGACAUACGGUGCUAGAACCGUUUACAAGGCGUGGUCCGACUAA